CCAGUUGGAUGCUGUUCGCGAUCCUGUUGAGGUGUUGCGUGUAAAUUUCCGCCAGAAUUUCUCAUUGACUUACCCAAUCGGAAAUCGUGAGACAAUGCGGUUGUCCACAUAAACUCCAAUCGAUCCCAAUAAUUUUUGCGUCAUUCUGACAUCACUGUCUUUGGUUCAAUGAACGAAAAGGUGUAACUUUAGUUGUUGAAAUUGUCCGGUGAAUUUGUGAAGAGUGAGGCGUGACAGUGAUGACAAAGUGAGUCAAUAAUUCAAGUUGUGAAUUAUCACCUGAAUUUGCUCCAACACCCAAGGACACUUUUUCCAUCCCCAAGCUCAACGAGGUUGCCAGAGUACCCAAGGUUGUAAAAUGCACAUCUAAUAUUCAUGAAUGAGAGGAUGGUACAUCAAAGGGGCUUCGCUGAUUUGGCGCUUCGUGGAAAGAGUCAUCAAGGGAUUUAGGUUUCAACCGACACCAUAAAUUUGAUACUUCAUCCGCAAUGAUGUUCACAAAGGAAUCCUAAUGAUCAGGAGGAUUUCAACGUGUGAGCAAAAAAAAUCAGUGAAUUAAACAAUGUGUGUUGCUGUAAUGUGAAAAUUCUUGUGAGAAUUAUCUCAUAAAUUUAUACUGUGUCUGCAAGUGCUAAAUCCCAGGAAUAUGUAGUGGAGAACUUACAUGGUCAUCUGCAACUACAUGUGACCCCUCAAGAAGUUGUGAUGAGACGUCGAGAAUAUUUGGAUCACCGACAAAUAUGUGCUGUCGCCCUUGCGACAUUCGCACUCAUCGUAUCUACUUAUGGUGAUAACAUCACGGAUUUAGUAUCAUCUCCAAUGGAGGGUAGUUUGAUCCAGGAACAGGAGUUAGGUGUGACAGACAGAACACCCGGGGAUGACUUGACGCCUGUCGCUUCGGAAUUGGUCCAGACAACAUUUGCAGAGGCUUCCUCCAGCGAUUUAUCACCAUCUCAGGGUGAGAGUGGUAAAUCGAUGGGCAGCUCAUUUGCUACAGCCGAGAUCACCACAUCAACCACCCACUCAACACCCACCACCCCGUGGUCCACCCUGAAGACAGCAACUACCACAAUUCGGCCAUUGCUCAUUCCCACAUUACGACCGCGAGUAACACAUGUACGUACAUAUCCGUCGAAACACCAUCAUGAGCAUCAUUGGGGUCCAUUCUUCGAAGAGCCUCUUAAUGCUACAACAGGAGCCCUCCAGGUUGGCAUCCAUGUGGCUACUGAAGCGGUACUUAACUGUCGAGUUGGGAUGUUAAGAGAUAAAACAGUGAUGUGGGUUCGAAAAACCACAGACAAGGUCUCACUGCUGACAGUGGGAAAUGUUACGUAUAGCGGAGAUCCAAGGAUUGCUGUUAAGUUUCAGUAUCCCAACAACUGGCGCCUCCACAUAAAUCCCAUCCAGCGUGAGGAUGCCGGUCUCUACAUGUGUCAAGUUUCCACCCAUCCACCACGAGUGUUUGCCACUAAUGUCACGGUUCUUGCUCCUGCCAUUCGGGUCGUCGAUGAGCACGGCCAUGAAGUUCACGACCGUUACUACAAAAUGGGGAGUGCCAUCGAUUUAACGUGCCAAGUGGCUGUGUCAUUUCUGUCUGUGCUGCCAACUGUGAUGCCCGCGCCUAAUCCGCCACAUUACUCGCCCCAGCGUCAGUUUCCAUUCAUUCCUAAGUUGGUGAAUUUCACCGUAACACCACAUGCGAUACCAAAGAUACCGCAUAGCCAUUCGGCUGGUGGUGCAUCCACCACAGUCACAUUCCCGCACAUCCCGCAAUUGUCCAAUUUGCGGGGGCACGCAUUGGGCGGACACGACACGCGACAGCUCGAGUUCUUCCAUCAGAAGCUCACGUGGCAUAAGGACGGAGGACCAAUUCCCAAGGAUGUUCAACUUAAUUUGAGUGCUACGGCUGAAUGGCGCAGCAGCCGAUUAUCAAUCACAGCUGCCGAUCGGAGUCACAGUGGCGAGUACUCCUGUUCAAUCCUCAACUCAUCUGCUGCUGUUGUUCACGUACAAGUACUAAAUGCUCUUCUUCCAGGCGAAAUGCCCGCUGCUGUUCAACACAAUUCGGCCACCAUUAGAAGAUCCAUUUUGUCGUUACUUCUUCUCAUCUUCAUUUUUCCUCUUCUCCACAUAUCCUGCUAAUAAUAAUUUGACUUAAUCGGUGAAUUUAAGGGAUAAACGACUGUCGCCACCGAAGUGUUGACUGGCGCAAUUUUAAUCCACCAGGAUGGAGUUUACAAUCAACGUGAUACUGACAUAGGGUAUCGAUUGGAAAUGGAUUAAUUAAAUAAACAAGUUGACCAGAGACUGUUAUUUGAAUAUUUUAAUUGGCAAAAACUCCUAUCUGAUGAUUAGUGACUAGCAGCACGAAGAUGUCGACUUAUGCCAAAAAUUUCAAUCACCCAUUCAAAUAUGAGAAAAAAAUUUAAUUAUAUUUGAAAGACAUUUAGCAUUGAAGGAUGAGUUUGUGCGGAAUAUUAAUGAACACUGUGUGAUUAACACACAUUUUAUCCAUCUGUACAUAAUGAAUAUUUGUGUGUAUAAAAACAACAAAAAAAAGGAAAAUAAUUGACAAGACAUGGAAAAAUAUUGAUAAAUGGAUGACUCUAAAUGAUUGAUAUAUAAUUCUAAAUGAGAAAACAGUCGAAUAUAAAGAUAACACUGAUUUAAUAUGACAUAAAGUGAAAUACAGUCAGUAAUCCAUAUAUGUAAAAUUGAUGAUUAUUAAAAAACAUAUUAAAUGUAUGAGAUUCUUUGAUAAUGUUAACAUUAAAGAGUAUGUAUAAAUUAUAUUUCAAGAGCAGAAGAAAUAAAUAAUACUACAGAAAAAAAAA